CGCGUCGCUCAUCGCUCAUCGGCUCAUCGCGUUCAGUCUGAAUGAGCCAUGACUCUUCGGUCGGUCCGUCGGUCAUCGGUGUCGUCGCCAGGCGAGCGAGCGCCGAUUUAUCGGCGGCGACGAGUUUAGGUUAUGAACGUAAGUUUUUUUCCCCGACUUCCUCGCCGCGUCUUAAUUGCGCGCUGACGGGGAGAGCGAGCGAGAACGUCCCGCUUGACCGAACCCGCUCGGUGAUAGUGCGCGCCCGGCGCGCACCGGUCGCCAUCGAGUUACAGGUUAUGCGCGCCGACCGGGAUUCCGGCCACCGAGGCGUUCGUUGCUGAAACAUCGCGAGAGAUGUGUCGCCACCACACGCGGACGAUUGGGAUAGUUAAAAAGCUCUCGAGAGCAAUUGCCGCCUGCCUGCGUGUUUACGGAGGAGAGCAGCCCCCAUGGAACGUCCGCCGUUACCCGCUUGGACACCCGGUCCGUAACGAUGCGCGGACGUAACCGGGCGCAGCCCUGAUCGCCGAGAUUUGCCCCGCGCCGCGCUCUUAUCUGGCUUAUCUAAAGUUCAAUAAGCUUAUCUAAAAUUCAACAAGACCCAAAGGAUGAAGUAUCGCCCCGAUGUUUCAUUGCUGGAAAGUUUUACAGCUGGGGUCUCGCUCCUUUUCCCAGCUACUUCGGCCGCGCGUGCGAAACCCAGGCGGGACGGUACGCCGCUCGCACGCCACUCGCUUCCCGGGGCCGCACCUGAACCCGCUGUUAUGGACAGCUUCUCGCAAGAUUAUGAGAGCAAGAUGGAUUCGUUUGAAACGUACGACGAGUCUAUGGUCACCGCUGCGAAUCACCAAUGCGACAUCGUUCAGUCUGUCAACAAUCAGACACCCACGCAGGAGAUACAAGUGCAGAGUCAGGAGAGUCACGACGCGUUGACGUUGCAGCAGCAGCAGCAGCAACAGGUGGAGAUACAUCAGGUGGCGGAGAUACAUCAGGUGACGCCGCAGAUCGAGUCCAAUGUCGAGCAGAAGACAACUGCGAUUAGACUGCCUGCUUUACUGGAUGGGGAAUACUUCACGGUGACCAGGGUGGAGGACACCAACGUCACGGUGCGCUGCCAGCAGUGUAAGAAGCAAUUAAACGGCAAUCUGAAGUCCACCGGCAAUUUCCUUAGUCACGUAAAGCGAUUGCAUCCGAACCUGAUGAGCAGAAUAAGGUGCAAAUCUAAUCAGAGGAAAUCCGCGAUAUAUGUCAACUCAACGCUACCUGAUAAAUGCCCCGAGAUAGUGCGGGAAAAGCGUGUGGUCCCACAAAAUAAGCGCUGUAAAAUGGAAGAAUGUACGACUGGGAACGAAGAGCCUUACGAACAACCCGCGGAUUGGAACGAGACGCCGUUGAUUCGGGGAUCCGAGGAACCGGAAUCGUCGAAUCCGUCCCUGCGAAUAUCGCACAACAAUACAUUCGUGAUGGAGGACGAGUACGAUGCGAUUGGCCGCAAUGUUGCCGCCAAGCUCAGGAAUAUGAGACUGGACCAAAGGAUAAUAGCUGAGAAAUUAGUGAACGACAUUUUAUUUGAGGCUCAGCUCGGUAAUCUUCACAGGGACUCGACUAUCCACGUGUGAAAGACGUACAAACGGCUUACGAGUCGAUAUUAUAUGUCCUAAUGAAUCGCGAGAGACUGGUCUUUCGCCUGACUCGGCGAAAAGCGACGUGAUAUGAUUAACAGAGUUAUCUGAUUAGUUAUAUAACCCGCGCGCGUGUAUGUGCGUGAAAAUUGUAUGCUCAUAUGAAUGAAUAGAUGAUGAUUUUCAUAAAUGA